CCCUUUUCCAGGCCUCCCCCAGGCUACGCAGUCUCCUCCCCUCCUUACGCUCCGGACCGACCCUGCGGUCGGCCGCGCGCCCCUUCCGUCGUCGGAGUUGUUACGUUUACGGCACGCCGGAAGGAGAACCUGCGAGCGCUUUUGGAGUUAUGGCGGCGGUCGAUAUCCGAGAUAAUCUGCUGGGAAUCUCUUGGGUUGACAGUUCCUGGAUCCCCAUUUUGAACAGUGGAAGUGUCCUGGAUUACUUUUCAGAAAGAAGUAAUCCUUUUUAUGAUAGGACAUGUAAUAAUGAGGUGGUCAAAAUGCAGAGGCUAACAUUAGAACACUUAAAUCAGAUGGUUGGAGUGGAGUAUAUCCUUUUACAUGCUCAAGAGCCCAUUCUUUUUAUUAUUCGGAAGCAACAGCGGCAGUCCCCUACCCAAGUUAUCCCACUGGCUGAUUACUAUAUCAUUGCUGGAGUGAUCUAUCAAGCACCAGACUUGGGGUCAGUUAUAAACUCUAGGGUGCUUACUGCAGUGCAUGGCAUUCAGUCAGCUUUUGAUGAAGCUAUGUCAUACUGUCGAUAUCAUCCUUCCAAAGGGUAUUGGUGGCACUUCAAAGAUCAUGAAGAACAAGAUAAAGUCAAACCUAAAGCCAAAAGGAAAGAAGAACCAAGCUCUAUUUUUCAGAGACAACGUGUGGAUGCUUUACUCCUAGACCUUAGACAGAAAUUUCCACCUAAAUUUGUGCAGCAAAAGUCUGGAGAAAAGCCUGUCCCAGUGGAUCAGACAAAGAAAGAGGCAGAACCUAUACCAGAAACUGUAAAAUCUGAGGAGAAGGAGACCACAAAGAACGUCCAACAGAUAGUGAGCACCAAAGGCCCCCCUGAAAAACGAAUGAGACUUCAGUGAGCAAUGGAUAGGAGAGAAGUCUGCAAGACUCCUCUUGCACCUUAUUGAUACCUCAUUACUGUGACAGACUCUUGAACUUUAAAAUUCUUUGUCACAACCCUUCCAUUUGUAUGAAUGUGCUUGUUCUUUAAAAAAAAAGAUGUAAGGAUCCUCAUGCUUUUGAUAUGAAUAUUUUUUAUGUAUGUUUUGUAACCUUUCCCCUAUUGGACUUGAGCAGCUUCCUUACUCAAAUGUAUACUGCUUACAUCUAAAAACAAAAUAAAGGUAUUUGUAUAAAUCA